GGAGCCGAGCAGCCGCGGGAAGAGCCGACAGAACCGGGCUCAGUUGAUCCAGAGGUCCGUCGGGAGGCCGGGCAGGGUGGGCCGGGCUCGGGUACAGGAGAAUGAGCGAAGCCUCUGACCGGAGGGGCCGAGAACAUGAACGGGGCCGUGUACAUUUCGUUUUUCCAGGGGCAGCUGGAGUCGGUGCUGGAGCAGGUCGUCCAGCUCGCGGUCCAGGAAAUCAGCAAGUCGGUGGGAUCGAGCCUGAACGCGCUGCUGCUGGAGACGGCCGUGAAGGAGCAGGAGAACCGCCGGCUCCGGGUCCAGCUGAAGUCCUGGGAGACCCGGGGCCGAGCCAGCUGCUCGGACGGCGGAAGCUCCCCGGUGGUUGGACGGAACAAGGCCGGCCGGCCGGCGGGCGACGAGGCGACGGAUAGCGGCAGGACAAAGCCCGAGCAGCCGCAGCGGCUCCACGCCCCCGGAGGGCAUGGCACCCAGCCCGGGUUCCCCACCGACACCCGCCGCCUGGAGCAGAGGGGACGAGUCGUGGACCAGCUGAAGUCGGUCAUGGAGCAGGUCCUGAACUUCGCGGUUCGCGAGCUGACGAAGAUCGUGGAGGCGUCGUUUGACGACCUCCUGCUGGAGAUCACCAAGAUGGAGCGAGAGCAUCAGGUCCUGGAGGAGCGACUGGACAAGGGCUCCACCAGAGGGGGGGGGGGGGAGAAGGGGCGAGCCGGCAGGAGGCGAGGAUCAGAGAACGACUCUGUGUCCCCCAGCGGCUCAGAGGACGCUCGGGAGGAGCUGGCCGAGGUCCCGGUGUCCAAAGAGAAGGCAGAAGCGGAGGACCCCGAGCGUCCCUCGGUGAUCUCCGUCUCUCAGGACUGGUUUCCCAUCCUGGACAAGGUCUUUGGUCAGAAGUGGUGCAGUGACGUCUGGCAGAUUAAAGAGCUCGCUGGUGCAGGCCGAGGUGGGAGGAGUUUGAGUGAGGGUGGGGCUGAGCGGAUGGAGCCCCCCCCGGCCCCCUCAGUGACCCUGGAGCCCUCCCCUUCCUCCCCCCAGCAGGACCCCCGCUGGACCCCUCUGGAGGACAUGGAGGUGUUUUCUCCCGACGACGAUGCCACAGAUGGUCAGACGAGCACCAGGAGAGGAGACCACCCCGCCAGCGCCACCACUGGACCCCCCCCCAGCCCUACAGGAGGGGGAGGAAACUUCACCCAAAGAGCCGCUGCCCACUGUUCAGGUGCAUCUGGGCGUCGCUCUUCGGCGUCCAUGCUUCACCGUCUUCUGACUCUUCCGUCUCAGCUGCUCGAGGAAGAUGAUGAGGAUGCCGGUGCCAAUGAAACUCUGGCUGCUCUGGCCAAUGAAAGCGCCAACGACUGCCAUGAGGACGCCGAGCCAUCGGGCCAGACCACCAGAGAGGAGGAGGAGGAGGAAGAGGAGGAGGAGGACAAAGGGAGGAAGAAGAAGCGGCGGAGGGUUUGGUCCGAGUGUGACGAGUGUGGGCGGAGGUUCAGUCGCAUGUCUCUCCUGAAGGCUCACCGCCAGACCCACUUCACUGAGACCGCCGGUGCUGACACGUCGUCUCCGCCCGACAGCGCCACACCGGCGCUACGCUGCUCAGACUGCGGCAAGAGGUUCUCCUCAGCCACCCGCCUGCACAGCCACAUCCGGACCCAGCACCCUGGGAACCGGGCCUAAGGCCGGCCGGUCUCCUGGGCUGAACUGGAAACUGACCAUUGACAGAGGAGGAGCCACUAACCCAGGAGAAGAUGGAACUAUCUCCUGACCCUUUGGGCUGCGACGUGACCUUCAACUCCACAUUCUUCAAAGUGAUGGUACAAACGGGGCGCGACCGAUUUCUGUAAAGAAACAUCACACACACCUGGUUCAAAUCCAGAGAGCAGGAUGAGUCACGAGAUUCACCUCAAAUAUAUGGAUCAAUGCAAAGAUUCAUUAGAAAGUUAAAAUAUUUAUAUCAAAUAAUAAGUCAUUUACUUAUUUCAGGAUCAGGUUUAAUUGGCCAAGUAAGUUGUACAAAUAAGGAAUUUGACAUGGUGAAGUGGCUCUCAAUGUUCUUACAUAGAAUACACAUAACAACACAAAACAAAGGAAACAAUGCGAUGGUCGAAGCUGAAGACCGUUCAAAUAAACAAAACACGACAGCGCACAAUAGCGUGGCCGCCAUUCGCUGCGCCAUCGUUGAAUGUUAACGAAUGAAACCUUCAUCUCACUUCCUUAUCUGGGCCACUUAGACAAACUGUCUCUAAAGAAACAAAUGAAAUUUGAAAUGGUGUAGAAAACACACGGGAAUAUCGUGGAGAUAAUCAAGAGAUUCUUAAAUAGUUCCACUGUGACGCAAUGAACAACAAUGAAUUUGCAUAAAUGAAAAAAUAAACUAAACACUAGUAUGAAUGUCGUCCCAGCGUCAAUAAUAAAAGACCCACGAAUACAAUCGGUCUAUCCCUCAUCAGUGAUACGUCUGCGAACCAAUCAGGGUCCCUGGUGGAAGGUCACAUGAUCCUGAAACUCUGCUCUAACACUAGAAGUUUGAACGUUGAUCAAUCUGAAUCUCGUUUUCUUUCCGGCUUCAGUAAACAAACAAAUAGUUUCCUGUUCCUCUAAGAGCAUGAAAAAAAACAAAACGUCUAAACUUCAAAAGAAAUGAAACCCUGAAGGCGGAGAGGCCGGGUUGACCUCCUGCUGUAAAACAUCCAGAAGCCUCUUGUGGAGGGGGGGGGGGAGGCUCCUCCCCUUAGCAGUCUUAUGGUGGAGCGUGGUUUCCCGUUCCUGACUGUGAUUCAGUUGUUAGCGUGUGAAGCGAGGACGGCCACUCCCACAGGAACAUGUGAUCUGUGGCGACUUUCACGCCUCUUUUUUAUAAGUGACCUUUUUUUCCUCCAGACUUCACCUCUUCUUCUUAUUCUUCUUCUUUUUCUGUUUUUUUGGAUUAUGGUUUCGACAUAUUUUUCAUUUUUUUCCCACAUCUGUGGAUUUCUGGUGUCGGCGCCUGUACAGGAAAACCAGCGUGGCCAGUGGCCUCGUUGGUUUGGACUCGUUGAAUGUGAAUCAGCUGUUUUUAUCAUUUUUACGUUUAAUGUACAGUUUUUACUUUUCAAACUAAACUGAUGAUGAGAUUAGAGAAGAGAAGGUUUUAAUCUCUGGUUCAGUGACCUCAUGCUAACACACGAUACCUCCUGACACACAAACUGAAAACGCUUCUCGCCUCAGCUACCUUCACCCUGUCCUGUACGGAAGAACAACUCUGCCACAAGAAGAAAAACAGAAGUUAUAUCAGAACCAAUCAAAUCCAACCACAAAAUUCUAAAUCUCAAGAAGUUAAGAGAAAGAAUUUGAAUGAAAUUUGAUUUAAAGGGAAACAAGGAUCAUGAGAAUCAUUUAUUUUUCUCAUUUACUCUAUUAUAUUGCAUAUUUCUUAAAGUUUUUCUUUUCUUUUUCUGGCAGAAUUGAUUCCAUUUAUAAACUAGUUCAUAAAUACUUUUUAGGUUCAAAACUCUCCAGACUUUUUUCUGUCUGGUCUGAAGAGUUUUUAAAGAUUCGAAAGAAAAAAAAAACAGAAAUCAAACCGAUGGUUUUUUAUUGUGUUUCUCUUUAUGUCCGAUCAGCUGUUUUUUAACGAAAACACUUGUGUAUGAGGCAAAAAUGUACACAAGUGUUUAUUAGAAGAUUAUUUUCACAUUGUUUAAACUUUAAACAAUAAGUGUUAACUCUGUGUCUCUGAAUGAGAUGAAAGGAAUCCAGAGGUGCAGAAUUGGAACAAAAAGAUCAAAGACAAACAAUCUUCAUAUUUUUCUAACAGAAUCAGAACCAAGCGUCGAUUUGAUCGAGCAGCGUUCAGAACGCCGACGUCGCUACGACACGUGUAGGCGUUGAUAAUAUUUUUAUACCCAAGCCUAGCCCCCCCCCCCAAAAGGUCUACGUUGACCGUUUAUGUUUCGGCAGAUUAAAGGUUUCAAAGCGUAAGUCGUUGCCAUGGCAAUCAAUGCCAAUAUCAGUAUUGGAAUACUUUGUGUUUUCGAUUUUAUAUAUCUUUUAUUUUCUACUUAUUGUUAUAUAUGCAUUACUGCAAAAAUAAAUUAAUAAAUAACCUGCUUAUUGUUACCAGCAGCGUGAUCAUGUCACAACAAAUAUUUGUGAAGACAAGCGUCACAAUCUCGAGUCCAGACGACUGAUCUGGAAACGUUUUUAAAGAAUAUUAAAUUCUUACAUGAGUCGCAUGUCAGUCAAAGGUCGAACCAUGAAAGAAGUAGAAACACAGAUGUUCACGGGAUCGAGCGACUGAUUCUCAGCAGGACAGAAAUGAAUCCAUCUCAUCCUGGAGAUGUUCACGUGUCGUCUUCUCGUUUGUGCGACGGUGUUCUGAUUGUCGUGUUCUGCUUGUAGCUGUGCAGAUUGACACGUUUCCUAGUGAACACUUGUUUUUACUCAUUUUGAAACAAUAUGAAGAUCAAUCUUUGCCGAGGGGCAGAGAGUUUAUUGUUGAUGAAAGCACAGUUGCAAAAUGGACAAUGAUGUGCAAAAAGAAAAUCUAAAACCACCUGCGAAAAAUGUUGACUCAAUUCAACCUGAAGGUUUGAUUUCAGUGGAUCGUGACUCCCGCUAGCUCGUUAGCUCGCUAGCUCGUUAGCUCGUUAGCUUGUCUUUGCCUCUGAAUGUUGCUCAAAUAGCUAAAGCUUGUCGUCUGCUUCGCUAAUAUCUGAAUUAACCAACCGCUUCUCUGCAAACUCCGAGCGUCCCCAUGUGAUUCGUUGCACUUUCAGUUAAACUCGUGUUCACUUACCUCAUUUUUUUGAUUAAUUUCAAGUGUCAAACUUGUUUUUCAUCUUUCCACACAGACCUCAUUACCUCACGUCGACAUGUGACCACAUUAACGUGUUGAUUUUAUUUUGUCUGUUUCAGUUGGGAUGCGUCUCAGUUUCUGAAUCCUCGAGUAAAGACCACACAACUGUUUUAAAGUUUGACAUUUUGGUUUUUACCAGCGGAUUCAUUUUCACUGAAUCACAAAUAAAAAAGAAAUACAGAAGUGUUGAUCAUAAUUGGGGGGAAAUUAUAAAAUUCUCAUGAACACACAAUCUUGAAUAUCGUAAAGACCUUUUUCUUUUAAUGUUAAUUAUCUUUUCACCUCAUUUAUAUAUCGUCUUUUGAGCCUCGUUGGAUGGUUGUGAAGUUCUCAUCAUUUCAACCAGAUGCAUUUCUCUUGAAGACGUUCACAGAAUCUCUUUUGAAUUUGAAAUGGGUUAUUUUCAGCCCUGAGACGCAUCCAGACUCUGAUGUGAACCCACCUGCGAUCACGAUUCCUGUGAUCUACAUACGUUUGUUGGCAGUUUUCUGAAAAGUGGUUUUGGGUUCUCCCGAUGUUUUGGUUCGGCCUCUUGAGUUAAAACUUAAGGCUGUGAAGAAGUGAAUUAAAAUGGAAGAAGGGCGGCUGAAGAAUUUCCCAGGGAGCCCAGACAAAGCUUGAGAACCCAGAGGACCCCGUGUGGUCAGUUGUAGAAGUACAGCUGCAGUUUGUGAAACGUUCCUCGGGGUUCCUCAGGGAACAAUCAGAGGCCCUUGUGUUGUUUGAUACAAAUGUGAGAAUAAGGAGAUGAAAGGGAUGUUUUAUUAUUUUUAAUAUUCACAGGGAAACGGCGUUCAAUUUUUUGAAUUGUUAUUAUUUAAAUCUUUUAACUCCCUAUAUAAUCUCGAUGGACGGCCUUUUGUUUGUUCAUCUGUGUUUGGAUUUAUGCAAUACUUUUGAUAAAAUGUGCCCUUUUUGUAAAUCAGCACUCUAAUAAAACCAAAUCGAAGAGUUUCCUAUUUAUAAAUCUAAAAAGUGCUGAAGUUGAGUGACAAGAGUAAGAGCAUGAAAAAAAUAAUCAUUUCCACUCUGUCGAUGUGAAAAUCAACUCGAAAUUGAUCUGACCUUUGACCUUUUGUGACAAUUAUUGCCAACUUUUUUUACGUUAACGAGUGAAACGGAGAAUGUUCACCGUCUGAAUGUCAUUUACAUGAAGUCGGGACACAGCAGGACGUCGAGGCCGGGCUGUUUUCUACGACCGCUCUCUGAGGCCGGGGACUUUCUAGUGUUUCAAUUCAAAACCAAUAAAUGUUCUCAACGACCA